CAAGAAUUUCCAUAAACCGUUAAACAAAAAUCAUUUCAUUUCUAUUUAACUUCAUUUUACAUAAAUUUCCAUCUAGAAAAACACACACCAACCAAACCACAUGUUUCUUUACAUCAUGCAAUCUUCAUCAACUAAUUCAAUUUAAAUUCAAAGUCAAAAGUCCAAAACAUUUGGUGUCAAAAUACAAUUUCAGUCUAAUUCGGUGUUCCCAAUCAACCAUCAUAUAUACUACUAUACAUACACGAUGUUGUAUGUAUAUAUCUGUUGUAUAGUUUUUGUAGCUAAAUCAUAAGUUGUAUUAUAUAACUAUUGGAUCAUAUAUAUAUAUGCAUUCUAUAAGUAACACUAGUUCAUCUUCUUACAAGUUAAGCAACAACAGCAGUAGUGAUAAUAAUAAUAAUAAUUGCAGCCGGAAAACAAAAUCCAAAGUUAAGGUAACAAAAACACCUCGGAUGGGUCCACCGGCGGCUAAGGUUGCUGUCUCCGGCGAGAAUCAAUCUCAACCGAAAGUUGUAACCGGCGAUCAUGGUUAUGUGCUUGAAGAUGUUCCUCAUUUGACUGAUUACAUCCCUCAUCUUCCUACAUAUCCGAAUCCACUGCAGGAUAAUCCUGCAUAUGCGGUCGUUAAGCAGUACUUUGUUGAUAUGGAUGAUACUAUUGCUCAAAAGAUUGUUGUUCAUGCCAAUAGUCCUAGAGGCACACAUUUUCGACGUGCUGGACCCCGUCAAAAGGUGUACUUUAAGUCGGAUGACGUUCAUGCUUGUAUUGUCACAUGUGGGGGCCUAUGUCCCGGUCUCAACACCGUGAUUAGAGAAAUAGUUGCUAGUUUACACGACAUGUAUGGUGUUACAAGAAUAGAAGGGAUUGAAGGAGGAUACAGGGGUUUCUACUCUCGAAAUACAAUUCCGUUGACACCUAAAGUGGUUAACGGUAUUCAUAAACGGGGUGGCACCAUAAUAGGGACGUCACGAGGUGGCUACGAUAAUAAGAAGAUAGUCAAUAGUAUUGAAGAUCGGGGAAUCAAUCAGGUAUAUAUAAUAGGAGGAGAUGGAACACAAAAGGGGGCAUCUGCUAUCUAUGAGGAAGUAAGAAGGCGGGGUCUUAAAGUUUCAGUUGUUGGGAUUCCAAAAACUAUUGAUAAUGACAUUCCGAUUAUUGAUAAAUCUUUUGGAUUUGAUACUGCUGUUGAGGAGGCUCAGCGCGCUAUUAAUGCAGCACAUGUUGAGUCUGAGAGUAAUGAGAAUUGUAUUGGUCUCGUUAAGUUAAUGGGACGAAAUAGUGGGUUUAUUGCAAUGUAUGCAACUCUUGCAAGCCGAGAUGUUGAUUGUUGUUUGAUUCCCGAGUCACCUUUCUAUCUGGAAGGACCAGGUGGUCUUUUUGAGUAUAUAGAAAGAAGAAUAAAAGAAAACGGGCAUAUGGUACUUGUUGUAGCAGAAGGUGCGGGCCAGGAUCUUGUUGCAGAGAGCUUAAAUGAUAAGGAUGCCUCAGGAAAUAAGCUUUUGAAUGAUAUUGGCUUGUGGUUAUCUCAAAAAAUCAAGAAUCAUUUCAAAAAACAAACAGAUUUGGAGAUCAACCUUAAAUACAUAGAUCCUACAUACAUGAUUAGAGCUGUUCCAAGCAAUGCAUCAGAUAAUGUUUACAGCACACUUCUCGCUCAAAGUGCUGUUCAUGGAGCCAUGGCUGGAUACACUGGGUUCACCGUUGGCCCUGUGCAUGGUAGAGAAUGUUACCUGCCAUUUUAUAGAAUAACAGAGAAGCAAAAUAGGGUUGUGAUAACUGACAGGAUGUGGGCAAGAAUGUUAUCUUCAACGAACCAGCCUAGUUUUUUGAACACAAAAGAUAUCAUUGAGUCGAUCAUGGAUGAAGCGCCACCAACUCAGUUGUUAGAUGACCAGGUGGCAGAUAAUGGUGUGGUCACCAAGGAAACAAUCGUUUGCUGAUUAGUUGUCACGCAAAUGUGCAUCUGUUUUAUUUCCAGUUGCAAGAAUUGAAUAAGCAAGUCUUGAAUCACUCAAGUAUAUAUAUAUAUAUAUACCUAUAUGGAUAAGGUCGGCAUAAGAGGGAUGUCCUUUACAGAUUUUGAUGGUCUCUGGAUGAGGAGAUGCGUUUUUCUUUUGAUCGUUUGGGGAGACUUGUGUUUAAAUAAGAAAACAGACUACUCUAACGGGUUAAUGAAAUGAUAUGGUAGUUGUAUGUAUGUAUCACUUUAUUAAUGUAUCUUUUAUUAGCUUGGACUCGUUACAGGUAAA